CCGGAGAUAAAUACAGGAGAAUACACAAACAACACAGAGCGGAACGCUGGUUUGUUAGUGCUGACCAGAAAUACCGUGUGGAAUAAAAGAAAAAAGGUACAAACUACGCAAAACAACCAGGAGUAUAGCGCCAGUGACGUCAACCAGGCGAGUCUGUGCAGAAUAGCAUUGGCAGAUGUGGCAGAAGUUCACAAAUUCUUUACUCAGCUGAAAGGUCAAUGAAAAGUUCCCACAAUGAAACCUGCUAAGACGACCUUUAUCAGACUGAACGGAGAAAAAAUAAUCACCAAGUCGGACCUUUUACCCGUUUUGAAAACGUAUAACUGUUACCAUGAAGGAAAGAGCUUUCAGCUUCGUCUCAGAGAGGAAGGUGAGGAGUUGAUCAUAGAAGGUUUACUCAACAUCUCCUGGGGACUGAGGAGACCAAUAAGAUUGCAAAUGCAAGAUGACACUGAGCGGUUCCACUUUGCAGAAUCAUGGAGGCCAGAGAACACAGUGAGAGAACACAGGAAUGAUAACAGUCAACAAUCUCCCACUCAGUUCUCAUUUGAGUCCAACAACAAUGACGUACCUGCACCAGCAAUACACGGUGUGGAUGACCUUGCAUCAGGUGAAGAAAGCCCCCAACUACCAAGAACAAGAAGUGAUGUUAGUUUCAUGAACGUUCAGAGAAGAUCCAAAUUGCGCAGUUCUGUAGAAUUACAGCGAAUUAAAAGACAUCGCUUCUCUAUCAAUGGUCACUUUUACAACUAUGAGACAUCAAUAUUCACUCCAGCUUAUGGAUCAGUGACGAAUGUUCGUGUGAACAGCUCAAUGACAACACAACAAGUGCUCAGUUUGUUACUGAAUAAGUUUCGGGUUGAGAAUGAUGCAGAUAAAUUUGCCCUCUAUUUCGUCCAUGAAUCAGGAGAGAGGAUGAAGAUUAAAGACAAUGAGUAUCCCUUGGUACUGCGUGUUCUGCAUGGACCAUGUGAAAAAAUCGCCAGGCUUUUUAUUAUGGAAAGGGAUCUUGGUGAAGAGAUUACCUAUGAUGUGGCACAAUACAUCAAGUUUGAAAUGCCGGUUUUGAACAGCUUCAUUAUAAAAUUAAGGGAAGAAGAGGAGAAAGAAAUUUCUAAAUUGACAGAAAGGUACAGUGUACUGAAGUCACUGAUGCUGCAGCAGCUUAAGGAUCUCUCUGACAGAGACCAUUGUGCAUAAGAUGAUUUUUAAAACUGUUUGUAACUGUAGACAUAGAAGCAGUAAAUUUUGUAAUUAAGUAAGGUAGUGGUAGCUUAGUGGUUACAAAGCUUAACCCGGCUUGCAUUGUAUUUUUUUCACAGUAUAAGUAUCUUUGUACAAUGAUGUAAAUGUAUCUGAUAUGACUUGCAAUACUCAGGAGACUCACAUACUAUUUUUUGGUGAUUUCAAACUACUGUCUAAAGCACUUUUAGCAUUUUUACAUUUAUUUUUAACUGAGUUAGCACAUUUCUGCAAACUAUAAUUAUUUUACACAAUGUUAAGCCUAUUUUAAUUAUUAUAAAUUAUUAGCUGGUGAAUGCAUUUACACUGGAGGGGAACUGGUAUUUUACCAGAUGUUUUUGUUUUUUAUUAUUCAUAAUUUAAGUGCAUUUAUUAACCUGCAAAAAUGCUGCCAUCCUCUCUAGGCAACCAGAGGCUGUGUCUGAAAGUGCAGAGGAAACAUAAAUAAUAUCAAAGUAAGAACAAACACAUUGGUGGUGUACUAAUGUUGCCCACUGUGUAGUACAGCAGUAUGUGAUUUGCAACACUAAAUACCACCUAUAAGAAUAGAAAAAAUGUAAGCUCUGCCCACAAUAACAAGGGUUCUUCAAAAUGUUUCCGCACUUUUUAAAACUCUAUUUAUUAAGAAUUUCAAAAACAAAUUAAAUUUCUUUUCUACAUAGUCACCUUCCAAUGCAUUUUCCCAGCAUCGUACCAACUCUUUAAUACCAUCAGCAAAAAUGUUUUUGGUUGACCGUGUAGCCACUGAUGCUUUCACAUCAUUAUCAUAUAAAAAUCUUCUUCCCCUUAAAGCUUCUUUGAGUGUCCAAAAAAGUGAAAAUCAGAUGGCGCUAAAUCCAGACUUUUCUUUAUCCAGAUUAAACACCUUUCCUGUACACUUUAAUAAAAUAAUCACUAAAACCACUAAGCUAUAUUAAAAAUAUGAGUCACUAUAUGGACAAAAGUAUUGGGACACCUCUUCUAAUUUUUGAAUUCAUGUGUUUCAGCCACAACAAUUGCUAACAGGUAUAAUAAAUGUAUUAUAUAAAGACAAUUAUUUGCUUCCAACUUUGUGGCAACAGUUUAGGGAAGACUGUGUCUUUAAAGUAGGCUGUGUCUCUAUAAACAUGAACAAAAACCUGGAUUAAAGAAACUUGAAGGUUUGACCUCAGCCCAACUGAACAGUUUUGGAAUGAACUGGAACAUCAGUUGAGGCUUUCUUGAAGAACAUCAGUGCCCAGGCAUGCAAACACUCUUUUGACUGAAUGGGCACAACUUCCCACAGACAUACAUUAGUCUUGUGAGAAGCCCUCUCAGAAGAGUAGCUUUUGUUGUAGCUGAAACGAUCACACAGAGGUCAUUUUAUUGUAAAACGAUGUUGUUUUAAAACAGGAUGACCAACAAUCAUGAUCAGGUUUGUUUGUUUGUUUAUUACAAACAAAGUGCCAGGUCGCCAUUGUAAAUAAGAAUUCGUUCUUAAUGACUUGCCUGGUUAAAUUAAAGUUUAAAUAAAAUAAAAAAUUAUUAGGAUUUUAA